AUUCGCUCCACUUCCCCACACAAGAGAAAGCGGUGGAGACGAGGAACACAAACGGGCGGUGCAAACCCCGAAUCUCUCACCACCAUCAUCACACUGGACCUGCAGAGAUCAGCCGAACAUCGGCCAUCGAUCGCGCAUUAUCACCGGCUUCAGCGAGGACGUGAAGACUCCCGAUCCGCUGGAGAUGGCGGGGAUUUUGGCUUGGUUCUGGAACGAGAGGUUCUGGCUUCCUCACAACGUCACCUGGGCUGACUUGAAAAACACAGAUGAGUCAACGUUCCCGCAAGCCGAGGAUCUGUAUCUGGCGUGUCCUUUAGCCUUCUGCAUGUUUAUGAUCCGCCUGGUUUUUGAGAGGUUUAUUGCAAGGCCAUGUGCAUUAGGUCUAAAAAUCCAGGCCAAUGGACCGCAGAAGGCUCAGGCCAACGCUAUUCUGGAGAAGGUUUUCACUGCUAUCACCAAGCAUCCGGAUGAGAAAAGGUUAGAGGGUUUGUCCAAGCAGCUGGACUGGGACGUGAGGACCAUUCAACGCUGGUUCAGGCAACGACGCAACCAGGAGAAACCCAGCACGCUGGCGCGCUUCUGCGAGAGCAUGUGGAGGUUCACUUUUUACCUGUACAUAUUUACAUAUGGCGUGCGGUUUCUGAAAAAGACCCCCUGGCUGUGGGACACGAGAAAGUGCUGGUACAGUUACCCCUAUCAGCCGUUAACGCUGGAUUUACAUUACUACUACAUCCUGGAGCUGUCCUUCUAUCUGUCACUUCUCUUCUCCCAGUUCACAGACAUCAGAAGGAAGGAUUUUUUACUCAUGUUUCUACACCAUGUGGCCACCAUCUCUCUGAUCACCUUCUCAUAUGUGAAUAACAUGGCUCGGGUGGGAACUCUCGUCAUGUGUUUGCACGAUGCGACAGAUGUCCUGUUGGAGGCUGCUAAAAUGGCCAACUAUGCCAAGUGCCAGAGACUCUGCAACCUUCUGUUUGUUAUGUUUGCUCUGGUUUUCAUCAGCUCCAGGCUGGGAGUUUAUCCUGUGUGGAUUUUAAACAGCACUGUGUUUGAGAGCUGGGAGAUUGUUGGGUUGUUUCCGUCGUGGUGGGUGUUUAAUCUGCUGUUGGUGAUGCUGCAGGCCAUGCACAUCUUCUGGUCGUAUCUUAUAGUGCGCAUUGCCUGCCGGGCCAUCUCCAGAGGAAAGGCAGGGAAAUGGAAUCCUUUACAUGUGUCAAAGGAUGACCGCAGUGAUAUCGAGAGCAGCUCGGAUGAAGACGACGUUCCGCCCCGUCCUCAGAAACAUCACAGUAAUGGGACAAACGGCGCCCACGGCACCAACGGCUACCUGUCCCCGUCCCCAUGCCCGGAUGAACACUAACCGUCAUGGACAUUUCACUGGGUCCCAGCCACAAGAUGGUACCUGCCUAUCUGCUUUGUGUCAAAACAUAUAUGAACAUUGCCGAUCUAAUACUGGAAAUUCUCAAAAAAUGUGAAUGCGGUUUUGUUCAAGUCGGUUGCUUUUCAUCAUCCCCCCAAAUAUUUUGGCUUUUCUGGUUUGAUCAUUUGCUUUAGUUUCAGUGGUUGGCACUCAGUUAAUAACGCACCUUUUUUAGAUUCAGUGCAACUUUUCUCUUUCAGCAGGUGAACGAAAACGCCGUUCUUUCUUUCAUAAUCACGUGACUGGCGUGACGUGAGCAUGCUGCAGUUCUUGUGUUUUCUCUGCCAUCAUGGGAACAGUAGUUUUCUUAGAUUCGUGUCUUUCGUAUUUAUUUGUUUUUAUAUCUAUAAAAACGUUUUUUGUGUUUGUCAUUCUUCAACAUACAGUACACAAUCCAUUUACACCAACAGGUCAGCGGUGCCGGAUGCCCAAACUAAACCAUUCAUCAUGUUUCCACCUUAACUCUUUCACCGCCAUUGACGAGAUAUCUCGUCAAUUAAGAGAAAACGCUUCCCCGCCAAUGACGAGAUUUUCUGUCUUUCCGCAAUACCGCUAUUAUCCACCAGGUGGCCCUUCCGCAACUUUUUAAACCCGGAAGUAUUGGCCUAUGGCAAGCAGCUGCAUGUCCGUGUCUGUUUUAAAGAUCGCUCUGAAUGGGAUCUCUAUGAAAAGUCCGUCACAAAAAUUGAAUUAUCUCUGCUUUUUGCUCAAAAUGUGGUGUUUUUGCAGAAACCUACCCAUAUUCAAAAGCUGAUUACAAAAGAACCACUGAAGGUAGGAUGAAAGUUUUUUUUGUUUGAAAGCAGAGGGUCUGUUCUUUCAUUUGGUAUAUUGUAUGUUUAUAUAUUUAAAAAAGAACAUUUUCUGGAAGGCAUUAAACUUUUGUGAAAAUCAUGAAAAACGCUGGCGCUGGCUGGCAACUUUUUUUAAAAACGCUGGCGGUGAAAGAGUUAAAGUUAUUUAACCUGCCUGAUUGAGCAAAGACACACAAACUUUACACAAAUGUGGUUGCAUUCAGCUUUUGUUUUGAUCACUCUGUCACAUUCUCAGCAUUGCCACAAGAGGACAUACAGUUGUGUAUACUUGUGCUUUGGCAUUAAACCUGCUGUAAGUAAACCAAAAACCAGUAAGGUACAAGGCCAGUGAGCAGGUUAACAUAGAUUUUUCAAAAUACAAAGCAAAACUAGAUUGCUCUGAUUAUAAUCAACGGUGGCUGGGUGCCACAGUGGGCUCAAAGGGGUGCAUUGUUGCCUCGUAGCAAAAAGGUCCCUGGUUCGAGUCUCAGCUGGCCCGGAUAGCUCCGGGUACUCCCACAGUCCAAAGACAUGCAGGUUACACUGCAAAAAUAAUAAAUAAUACAUUCUUAGUAUUUUUGUCUUGUUUUCAGUAAAAAUAUCUAAAAAUUCUUAAAUUAAGAUGCUUUUUCUUGAUAAGCAAAACUCGCCAAGAAAAUAAGUCUGGUUUUAAGACCAAAAAUGUCAAAUUGAAGUGAUUUUGUGCAUUAAACAAGCAAAAAAUCUGCCAAUGGGGUAAGCAAAUUUUUAUUGAAUUGUUCUUGAAUUUAGUGUUUAAGAAAAAUGUUCAAGAUUUUUUUGCUUACCCCAUUGGCAGAUUGUUUUGCUUGUUUUAUGCACAAAAUCACUUAAAUUUGAUUAGUCAUUAACUUGACUACCAGUUAGUGGUGUGACGAGACAUUUAAUCCACAAGACAAGACACGAGACGAGAUUUUUUCAUUUUUUAAAGAUUUUUUAAGAAAUCAACAAUUUUGAAAUGUUUUGUCCCUAACAAUUUUUUUGCUAAUUGAUAAUGGAGUAAUUUGAUAUUUUUUGGUAAUUAGAAUAGACCCAAGUGAGCAAUAAUCUUUAAAAUUACAUAAUAAUAAUUAUGCAAUAAUAAUUGGUUUAAAUAAAGUAUCAAAACAAGUAAACACAUUACACACUGCAAAAAUUGAUUUUCAAGAAAAAAAAUCUUAGUAUUUUUGUCUUGUUUUCAGUAAAAAUAUCUACAAAUUCUUAAGUUAAGAUGCUUUUUCUUGAGGAGCAAAAUGACCCAAGAAAAUAAGUCUAAUUUUUAGACCAAAAAUAACACAUUUAAGCAAAAAAUCCGCCAAUGGGGUAAGCUAAAAUUUUCUUGAAUUUAGUGUUUAAGCAAAAUGUUCAAGAUUUUUUUGCAUUUUAUAUUUUUGAUCUAAAAACUAGACUUAUUUUCUUGGGUCGUUUUGCUCAUCAAGAAAAAGCAUCUGAAUUUUUAGAUAUUUUUACUGAAAACAAGACAAAAAUACUAAGAAUUUUUUUUCUUGAAAAUCAUUUUUUGCAGUGCAGUAAUAUGUAGCCUUUGUAAUAAAAACAGCAUUAUGUAUUAUAUGCCCGCCUGCAGGGGGCGCUCACUUUAGAUGCUUACUUUUAGCCAAACAACGUUUAAAUCCUUUAAUAUUUGUCCAAUUCUUUACAAUAGAAAUGAUAUAGCCACUGUUAUUCUUGAGCAAGAACAUGCAAAGAUAAAAUCAUGUAAAGUCAGAGUUUGGGCCUCCUAUAAACAUUGAGGGACCCCCUAUAAAGCACAAAAACAUGAAUUGUUUUUUUUUUAAUUAAAAUACUACACUGUAAAAAAAAACUUUGCUGCCUUAAAAUUUUUUGUUAAAUCAACUAAGAUUUACAAGUCAUGUCAACAAAGAUGAGUUGUCAUAACUUAUAAAAUAUAGUUGAGAAAAGUCAACUUAAUUUUAUAAGUUAUAACAACUCACCUGUAGUUAUAACAACUCAUCUCUAGUCAAGAUAAAUAAUAGAAAGUUGAAAUGACUUGAAAUGAAAAAUUUUAAUGUAGCAAAGUAUUUUUUACAGUGAACAUGAAUUUUAAAUUCUUGUACUGCGCUGCCACAAAGCUUUUCUGUCCAUUUUUUGUCCCAAUUUCAUAAUAAACGAAUCCAAAAGAUUUCUGCCUGAAAUAAAUGUAGACUACAAGUCACGCUGUUUUCUGGAGGAAUUGACAGAUUGUUAGAUUUAGGAUAGGGGCUUUUAAAAAAUUAUUCUCAAAACUAUAAUUUCACAUUAUUUGAGGGGUAAAAAAAUUGUUUAAGUUAAGAGUAAUUUGGGGUUUCUUUGAUUAAAACGUUGUUCUAGGACCAACAGAAAUGGUGCUCCAGGAUCCUAUCUUACCUUGUAAAAUUACGAAUGACAGGGGGCUUAGCUAGGGGACCCCCAUAAUCUUGGACAUAAUUCGAACACUGAUGAGAUCUGUUCCUGUGUUGAUCAUGAUGUGCUAUAUUUGUUAGUGAGCAGGUUAUGUAAACUGAUCUCUCGGAAGUUUGCGCAUAAAAUGUUCGCUUAUUUGAAAAAAACCCAGUAAUAAUACCCAAACCUGCCCCUAAAAAAGUAACUUCGCAGAAAAGCGUAUUCAUACAAAUUAGCCACUUUAUACAAAUUGCCAUGAGAUUUUGGUGUAUGGUUCUGGCACGGGUGCACGGAUCGCUCGAACGUGUUGGUGUAAAAGUGUAACCAUGUUUUGAAAUAGCAUAGCAAGUCAUUUAAGAGAUUUUAAGUCAAUCAUUCAUAUGAAUCACAGUAUACACAUAUAAUAAUGAUUUAUCACGAAGUGCUGGCCUUCCAGACCAAACAUAUUUUUACAAGUACAUUGAUCAUGGGAAGUCAUAAUCCGAAAGAGAUAAGAGAAGUGUUUUGUCUGCGGAGAACGAAACUAUAUAUGCUGCUGUUUAAAAAAAAGCAAGUUUAUCAGACGUGUAUUCGUGAUGCUAUGGAAGUGUUCUGAUGUCACAAAGUUUUUUGUCGUGAUGAUUUAGUCAUAUUUUUGAAUAAAUAUUGUGCAUCUUUAGGCCAUCAUCAUGAAUACGUUUUUUUUUUUUUAUCAAUUAUCAAUCAGUUAUUGAAGGUACAAAUAUCAAGUUUUUAAUAAGAAGCAUAGUGAACAAGCACUUUGUUGAAUAAGCUGCAAACACUGGUAUGUUAUUAUCAUGACGAUGCCUGUUUUUUUUUUUGUGAUUUUUAUUAUUUUUAUUUAAGUUUAGAUUGUGAAGAGAAUCCACAGUUCUCCUUCAUUUGUUCGAUUAUCAUUCAGUGAUGUUUGUGUUGGAAAGGUGGAGAAACGCUACAGCCAAUUAGCCGUCGUCUUAUUUGCACUCAGACAGGUUGCUGUGUUGUGUGGUUUACAUUUGAUGUCAAAAAAGGCAAGGAAUAAAAUUGAAUUCUGCCUUUGCUGCAAACCCGAUUAUCAGCAGAUCUAAUGAAUAAUGUUGCCAUGUAUUUUAAAUAAACACAAAUGAAAACA